GAAGAAAAAAACGUUCAUCUUGUGGAUUACGCGAUUUCCCAAACCAGGCCAAACCUGUACGCCCAUUUCUUUCUACGCUGCCUAUUAUUUUGCUAGCUACCUUCUUAUCUUCUGGAUGAACAAUUGACAACAGCAAGGAAAAUUCAUGAUAAACUUUUGACCUUUGACUGGGAACUAAAUAAUGCCAGUUUGGUUGAGGAACCUGCAGAGACAGGUGCUAUUCAAUGAGGGUCUGCUCAAGCUACAGUCUGAGCUUCUACUCAACCUCCUGGGAGUCGGCCAUUUUGAUAUCAGUUUAGCAUGUGUGGACACGGAAGAGAUACAGCACCUGAACAAGAUUUACCGAAAUAAAGACAAACCGACCGAUGUGCUCUCAUUUCAAUACCACAAGGUCACAGCUCCCGGGGUACUGCCUGAAGUUAUUCACGAUUGGGAUCGUAACCUUGGUGAUAUCGUGCUGGGUGUGCCUGUGAUUGAGGGGGUGUGCCGGUAUGAGGGUGUGAGGUUAGUGGACCGCCUCCCAGUAUUAGUGACACACGGACUCUGUCAUCUGAUUGGUCACUCUCAUAGCAACCCAAAGCAAUGGUCAGAAAUGUUCCGGGCAGAGGGGAAAUUGUUGACAUGCUUCAACCAAUCUUUUGGAACUAAUUUAAAACCAUUAACAGAACAACAGAACUAGCCUAUCUAUAAUUAUAUAUCAUUGUUUGUCAAAUUGAUAUUAAAUGUGUGCAGCAAAA